AUGACCGAGCCUUCAAUCGAAUACGCCGACGUGCUUGUGGUGGGUGGUGGACCCGUGGGUCUUAUCACCGCGCUGCAGCUCGCGCGCAAUCUCCCCCAGGCGUCGUUCACAGUUAAGAUCAUAGAAAAGUAUCCAAAGUCCAGCCAAGACCAGUAUGGUCGCGCUAUCACGCUGUUCCCGCGCUCGUCGGAGAUGCUGGAUCAGCUGGGGCUGGCCGAGGCGCUGGCGCAGCAGUGCUUUGCGUGUCGGGAGACGGUGAACUAUGAUAGACAUGGUAAGGAGUUCCCUGGAAGGGGGUGGAGCUUCAUGGAGAACAUGAAGGAUACAAAGUGGGACUUUGCGCUUGUGUUGAGGCAGAAGUAUCAGGAGGAGAUUUUUCGGCAGGCGCUGAAGAGUGAGGGCGUGGAGCUGGAGGCGCCAUGGGAGUUGAAGAGUGUGGAAGUGCUGGAGGACGUGGAUCAGGGCGGUCAUAGGGUGAUCGCGGGUAUCCUCCAUCCUGAGACGGGCGUGAAAAGGGUGGUGAAGUGUAGGUAUCUCAUUGGGGCCGACGGAGGACGGUCUUCUGUCAGAAGACUGAUGGAUAUUCCGUUUGAUGGGUCGUCGAGCGAGGACCAAUGGGUACGGGUGGACGGCGUCAUUGAGACGGAUCUCCCAAAACCACGAACGUACUGCGCCAUCGAAUCUCCUACUCACGGCAAUGUGUUGUGGGCCGCGCUGGACCACGGCGCUACUCGGAUUGGGUACGCAUUCACGCCAGAAAGACGGAAGGCCUACGAGGUGUUUGACGAGGAGGCAGCGGUCAAGGAAGCCAUCGCAUCUGUCAAGCCUUUCUCACUCAAGUUCAAGCAGGUGGAUUGGUGGACAGUGUACGUUGUUGGUCAACGCAUAGCCCGCAACUUCUUCAGCAAAGACUGCGUCUUCCUCGCCGGCGACGCAUGCCAUACCCAUUCCUCAGGCGCUGCUCAAGGGAUGAACACGGGCAUGCACGACGCCGUCAACCUGGGGUGGAAGCUCUCACUCGUCCUUCAGGGGCUGGCGAACCCCGACCUCCUACACACGUACGAAGCAGAACGGCUGCCAAAUGUCCAGAGGCUCAUCAACUACGACAAAGAUAUCUCACGGCUGAUGACGAUGCAGCUGCCUGAGAGCUGGCAGGGCGAUCCAAACGCCGACGUUAAUGAAGUGUUGGGCCAAGUCAUGGCCGAAGCAGCAACGUUCAGCAGUGGAUUGGGCAUCUACUACGAGUCGGACACAUACCUAAACGUCGUACAAUCCGUAAGUCACUCAGUAAUCCAACCGGGGCAACGCGCGCCGGACGUGACGCUUCAGAAGCCGGCAACGUUCGAAGCUACGCGCUUGCAGACGGUAACGCCCAACAUCGCGCGGUUCUACAUUGUCCUGUUCGCGGGCAACGUUGCGCUUACGAAAGAGUAUCUAUCCGCUUUCACGGAAUCUAUCCCGCAAUCGCACUGGCUUGUCGAUUCGAAAAUGCCUGUGUCGUGGAUCUCGAUAUUCGAUGGGCCCGGCGGACCCUCCGCGUACGAGACUUUGAGUGGCAUGCCAUGUGGUCGCGUAUUCUACGACGGCGACCAUAGCGCGCACGAGCGGUAUGGCGUCCGCGCCGACAAGGGGGCCGUGUUGGUGUUGAGGCCGGACGGAUGGGUGGGAACCGUCGCCGAACUUGGCUCAGGCGGAAAGGCGGCGUUGGAGAGGUACUUUCAGAGGAUCUUUGUCUUCGAUGCAGGGUUAAAGCUGUGA